UUUACCCUCUUGCCCGCCUCGAUCUGCGCGCGAUCCCUUUGUUCGCCUUUCCGCGACGCAGUCGCGCGUCCUUGCGAAUCGUCCUUUUUUUUUUGCCGGCCAGUGAUCGAAACCGCGCUCUCCUCUUCCAUCCUUCCAACGAAACCACCACGAGACCACCGAGACGAAGAAGAAGAAGAACAAGAAGAAGAAGAAGAAGAAGACGAACGAAGAAGAGAAUUUCGAGAGAGAGAGAGAGAGAGAGGAAAAUAAAAUAAGAGGUGAUAUCGAGCGUGCGUGUAUACACACAUAUAUAUAUAUACAUAUAUGUACAAAAAUUGUUGUAUACAAUCCAUAUAUACAUAUAUAGGUGCGUGUUGUAAGGUCACGGUGAAUUGGAUAGAGCGACGAGAGUGAGAGAGGAGGGACACGGCGUGGUUAGAGAGGCGAACGGAGAGGAGGAUUCCGCGCAAAAGCCGGCUCCCACGGCCGGUCCCCCACUCGCUAACUUGUUGAGCCUCUCUCUCUCCUCCUCGCCAGGACAUAUAUAUAUAUAUAUAUACAAACACACAUAUAUAUCCUCUUUCUCCCUGGAAUAAAGGAAAAAGAAAGAAAGAAAAAUCAUCAUCGACAUGAGGACGAGGAUCCUACUACUCCUUUUCCUCCUUCUCUCCUCGUGCACCGGCCCGAGCAGGGGCAACGCGGUGUCCCCGCAGAGGGGCAACGUGCACAACGACCCCCUGGUCGUGGAGACGACUAGCGGCCUCGUGCGCGGCUUCCCCCGCACCGUGUUGGACAAGGAGGUGCACGUGUUCUACGGGAUACCGUUCGCCAAACCGCCGAUCGGCCCCCUCCGUUUCAGGAAACCGUUGCCGAUCGAGGCGUGGCACGGCGUGUUGAACGCGACCGUGUUGCCCAACAGUUGCUACCAGGAGAGAUACGAGUACUUCCCCGGCUUCCCCGGCGAGGAGAUGUGGAACCCUAACACCAACAUAUCCGAGGACUGUUUGUACCUGAACAUAUGGGUGCCUCAGAAGUACAGGCUGAGGCACAAGGGGUCGGACGGUGGGUCGGCGAGCAACGGUGGGCCGAGGAACGGUCUCCUCCCCCUGCUGGUGUGGAUCUACGGGGGUGGGUUCAUGAGCGGCACGGCCACCCUCGACGUGUACAACGCGGACAUCAUGGCAGCGACCAGCAACGUGAUAAUAGCCUCGAUGCAGUACAGGGUGGGCGCGUUCGGUUUCCUAUAUCUGAACAAACAUUUCACGAAUAGCGAGGAGGCGCCCGGGAAUAUGGGGCUUUGGGACCAGGCGCUCGCCCUCAGAUGGCUUAGGGACAACGCGGAGGCGUUCGGCGGUGAUCCGGAGUUGAUCACGAUCUUCGGCGAGUCGGCGGGCGGCAGCUCCGUGUCCCUGCACCUGAUCUCCCCCGUGACAAGGGGCCUGGUGCGCCGCGGUAUACUGCAGAGCGGCACCCUGAACGCGCCCUGGAGUUACAUGAGCGGGGAGAAGGCGAACGAGGUGGCGAGGAUACUUGUGGACGAUUGCGGAUGCAACUCGACAAUGCUGAACGAGAAUCCAGCGAGGGUGAUGGCGUGUAUGAGAUCCGUGGACGCGAAGACCAUAUCCGUUCAACAGUGGAACAGUUAUUGGGGAAUUCUUGGCUUCCCCUCGGCACCGACCAUCGACGGGAUCUUCCUCCCCAAGCAUCCUCUCGAUCUGUUGAGGGAGGCCGACUUCAAGGACACCGAGAUACUGAUCGGUAACAACGAGAACGAGGGAACUUAUUUCAUCCUUUACGACUUCAACGAUAUUUUCGAGAAGGACCAGGCCAGUUUCUUGGAGCGAGAAAGAUUCCUUGCUAUUAUCAACAACAUCUUCAAGAACAUGUCUCAAAUUGAACGAGAAGCCAUUACUUUCCAGUACACGGACUGGGAGGAAGUGUACAACGGCUACAUUUACCAAAAAAUGGUUGCGGACGUGGUUGGCGACUACUUCUUCAUCUGUCCCUCGAUCCACUUCGCCCAAUUGUUCGCCGAUCGUGGCAUGAAAGUCUACUACUAUUUCUUCACGCAAAGGACGAGCACCAAUCUAUGGGGUGAGUGGAUGGGCGUAUUGCACGGUGACGAGGUGGAGUACGUGUUCGGCCAUCCCCUGAACAAGUCUCUCAAGUACAGCGACAAGGAACGAGAUCUGUCCUUGAGGAUGAUACUCUACUUCUCCGAAUUCGCCUAUUUGGGAAAACCAACGAAAGAAGACUCUGAAUGGCCAUCGUAUUCGAGAGACGAACCAAAAUACUUCAUCUUCGACGCGGAGAAGACUGGUCUUGGUAAAGGGCCACGUACCACGUAUUGUGCUUUCUGGAACGAAUUUCUGCCAAAGUUGAAAGGGAUACCAGAUCCAGCGCCGGAGGCCUGCAGCGCGAUAGCCUCGAGCGUGUCGGCCGGCGCGGGGGAGCUAGGGAAUUCCCUAGCGAUCACGGCGCUGUCGUCGAUCCUUGUCCUGUCGAGAGUGAUUUAAAGUAAGAACGGGGGCCGUUUAUCGAUCGAGAGCCUCCUGAAAGCCGGCAACCCGGGGUUCAAAGACAGCAGUUGCUUGCAUGCACGGGUGUUAGGCCCUCGUCCAGGAUCUCAGUUAGUGUGUUUCAUUUCAACACUCUCUGUUAAUCGUUCGGAACGGUCGAUGGAUCCCGGUCCUACCUUCUUUCCCUAUCGUCGUUCAACGACCACUUUUCUCCUCCUCCUCUUCCCUCUUUCCUCCUCUCUCCUUCCCUCCUCUUCCUUCUCCUCGCGCGUAGAGAAAAAAAUAAAUAAGAUGGAAGAAAGAAAACGAUUAAUAAUAAUAAUAAUAAU